AUGGGUGCCGACGAGAAGACGCGUGUCUCGGGCGAGGUCCCCCGCGGCGAGAACGGUUCUAUCCUGCCCACCACGAACCCGGACGCCGAGAAGAGCCAGCCUGCCAAGUCCCAGAUUCAUCCUGCACUCUACGUCAUUGUCUGGAUCUCCCUGUCCUCCUCGGUCAUUCUGUUCAACAAAUGGAUCCUCGACACCCUCAACUUCCGCUACCCGGUCAUUUUGACGACCUAUCACUUGACCUUUGCUACCAUCAUGACCCAGAUCCUCGCUCGCUGGACCCACGUUCUCGACGGACGCAAGUCGGUCAAAAUGACUGGCCGCGUAUACGUACGGGCCAUUGUUCCUAUCGGCAUUUUCUUCAGCUUGAGUUUGAUCUGCGGCAACCUCACCUAUCUGUACCUGUCCGUUGCCUUCAUCCAGAUGCUCAAGGCCACCACCCCGGUCGCUGUUCUCCUGUCAGGGUGGGCUCUGGGCGUCUCCCAGCCCAACCUCAAGGUCUUCCUGAACGUCUCUGUCAUCGUUGUUGGUGUCAUCAUUGCGUCGAUUGGCGAGAUCAAGUUCGUCUGGAUCGGUGUCAUCUACCAGAUUGGCGGUGUCAUUUUUGAAGCCCUGCGUCUCACCAUGGUCCAGCGCCUGCUCAGCUCUGCCGACUACAAGAUGGACCCCCUCGUCUCAGUCUACUACUUCGCCCCCAUUUGCGCUGUCAUGAAUCUGGCUGUCGCUUUGAUCUGGGAAAUUCCCAAGGUUACCAUGGAUCAGGUGUACAACGUCGGCUUGUUCACAUUCUUCCUAAACGGCCUUUGCGCCUUCCUGCUCAACGUUUCCGUUGUCUUCCUGAUUGGCAAGACCUCUUCGCUUGUCCUGACCCUUUGCGGUGUUCUCAAGGACGUCAUGUUGGUCGUCGCCUCCAUGAUGAUUUGGGGCACCCAGGUGUCUGGUCUUCAGUUCUUUGGCUACAGCAUCGCCCUCGGCGGUAUGGUCUACUACAAGCUCGGCUUCGAGCAGAUUAAGGGCUACAUGGGUGAGGCUGGCCGCCAAUGGGCUGACUUUGGCCAGCGCAAGCCCAUCCUCCGUAAGCUCAGCAUCAUCGUGCUCUCGGCGUUCGUCCUCUUUGCCAUGCUUGGUGGUCUGGCGCCGACGUACGCUCCCGAGUAUGACCCUCACAACCUCAUCAAUGAGGUCAACAGCCGCUUUGGCAGCAGCAGGGCAUAG